UUGUCUAAAUGUUGUAUGUCUCCAGGACCUCCGUUCAGGAACAACCGACGUCUCUAUUUUCACUCCAUCGACAGUGUGAAACAAUCCUGGGUCGAAACUGCGGACCUACGCAACCAGAGCCUCUGGCAGAACAAUAUGAACGCCGCUCCUCGUGCCUUCCAUCUCUUCAAUGGCACCAGGUCCAGUCAGUCUGCAGCUGCCACUAUGACCAAAGACGGCAUCAUGUUCUUUGGCCUCCUUGGGAGUAACGAGAUCGCCUGUUGGGACUCCCGUACCAGGUUCACAGAGAGUAAUAUCGUCAGUUUAGCAAAGGAUGAUGCAGCCCUACAAUUCACUUCAGGCAUAAAGGUGUACGGGAACAAGCUGUACGCUGCGACCAGCCGGCUACAGAACUACAUUACAAACCGUAUAACUGAGAACGAGGACAACUACCGUGUGUUGGUGGGCGACCUGCAGGAGAUGACACGUGGUACAAAAUGCCAAGUAGAUUACAACAGCAACCGCUUUAAUAUUGAGUACGAACCUGACUCGGAAAGCGUUUAGUUUGGUCACUGAGGUGGUCGUUGCUUGGUUGAAGUUGCUGUUUCGUUCUUAGCAUUAGUGUUAAAUUGCGAUUUGAAGCAUUUGUGUUUGAUUUUUUAAUUGUGUUUUUAAUUAUUUCUUUGUGAUAUUAAAACUAUAUUAUUAUUAAAAUAUCCAAUUCUAUUUGGAAGAUGUAACAAACAGAACAGAAUACUAAAAAUAUUACUAAAAGAAACACUAUAAUACUGUAGUGUAAAGUAUUUAAAUACUUUUAAAUUAAUUAGUGUAUGAUGUAGGAAUUUUAUCUUGACAUUUAUUUGUUUUAAUAUGUUAUUGAGUACUUUAAUUAAACUUUGAAACUUUUAUACUAUAA